AGAGUUUGAUCUGUGUGUCCGUAGGCCAAAUUAAAAUAAACUAUUCGUCCUCUGGUGAAGAUAGGAAGACUCGUUUGGCGUUGAAGUUAAUUGGAAGAGUUCAAAACCAUAUUAGGAAUCGUCUCAUUGUGCAAGGAGAAAUAAUGGUUAACAAGACUUAUCCUGAAACUCGGAAUUACAUCCGACAAACUCCACACUACAACGGCAUUAGUUAUCACUACAUCGAGCAGAUAUGGAACACGAUUUACCCGGCCAUAGACGUGGCGUUAGAAGAUUUAGACGACAUUGAAGUUAUUUUUUCUACCCGAGAGAGCGAAGAUAUCUUCAGCAGUCGAGCUUCCUAUCAUAUAAAAAUGCUUCUGAAGGGCCAGCACUAUUAUUUGAAGAUAACAGAGCGUCUGAUAGAUGACCAGCCAGAGCUGCGUCACCAUCAGCGCAUCGACGCGGAUUUCGCGCUCCCCGCCAGCACCUAGACCCUCACCAUCAGUCACCAAUUUCGUAACAAAUGGUCCCGGAAAUUCCCUCUUGCCCACUCCUACACGAGAAAGUCCUACAGAUGUCGGCCCAUCGUUAAAUCUCUUCUCAUCGACCCCAUAAUUUCUUCUUGUCGAGCCUCUAAUUAUUUUAUUCUCAGUUGAUAGUCUCUGAACUACUGCACGAGUUCAUAUCAUUAGAAAAACUUGCUACGUGCUAUCGAAUUUCCUAAAAUUGUUGUAAGUCACAGGGUAUGAACAUUAUCGAAUGUGAUUAUCGUUACGAGUUGCACGUUUUAACAGAAUAGUGAUAGACGAUUAAUAAUCAAUCCUCCAUUGUUGCUGAGAACGUGCAGCCGUGUGUGUCAAAUAUUGGUUCCCAUUGGCAAGCACAAAGAAUUUUAGUAAAGCGUGUUGCUGCUCGUUGUGCUGUUUUUAGUUGAAUUUUCUACUAUCGAGAGUAUGUUCUUAACACAAAAAUAAAUUUGUUUAACAGAAUUGUAUUUGCCGUUGAAGUAUUAAAUAUUUUACAAAC